CCAAGACUUUGGAACACUCCUCAGAUAUAACUCACAGUCUUCCUUGCCACUGGCAGCUGACCAUCCAGAAGUAAGCAGUAGCCACAGCAUUAACUAAGCGUCUAGGCAUAAGUUUUCCAAGCAUGGCUGAAGGCAAGACUUGCAAAGUCCGGGUGACUUUUGCUAUUAUUUUGAUAGGCGUCGCUUUAAUGUUUACAGCCGUGGUGACAGAUCACUGGGCUGUCCUGAGUCCUAAGGUGGAGGAGUACAAUGCUACUUGCGAGGCGGCUCACUUUGGACUAUGGCGGAUCUGUACAAAGCGGAUCUUCAUGAAAGAAAAUGAGACGGACAAGGAGAAGGGUUGUGGGCCAAUAAGCCUGCCAGGAGGUAUGUGUCUCUGUUCACUAAAUAACCACCUUGACAAAGCAUUGUAGACUACUGUAUAUUACAACAUCGAACCAGAUACGUUUUAGAAAGUUAAACAGCGUUCUGGGGAAAUGGAAUCAGAACCACCUCUUUUCUUUCCAAAUUAGCCCAGUCGUUUUCUUCAUGCUUCCUUGAAAUUCAGUCUGUUGCUUUGGCAUAUAUUGUAUAAAUCCUCACUCCCAUGCUCAUCAACUAGCCUUUAUUUUUGUAAACCAUUUUGAGGUUAUUUACAAUCUAGCGGUGUAUAAAUUUUAUUAAACAAACAAACAAACAAAUUGCAGGGGAGGCAGAAGAUGAGAGAUAUUUUCUCCUGGUUCUUUAUGAGUUCAGUGAAUCUAGUCUUACAGAGCUGGCAUAAAUCCUUAUUCAAGAGAUUAUAACAAGGGCUUGGUCUCCAUAAAAACUCCAGUAUAUCAAACCCAGCACGGGAGUCGAAGAACGAUGUCAAAGGUACAAAGUUAACCUAUACUUAGAAGUUAACAUCAAUAAGUUUGAUUACAUAGCAGGAAAACACAGGACCAUAAGCCAUGGAUCAUUUCACUGCAGGAUAACCAUUCAAUUUAACAAGCAAAACUUAACCGCAUCGCUGGAAAUAACUGCAGUGAACUCCAUACAUGCUUCUGAAUGCAUGAUAGUAGAGAGCAUCAUGGAUGCAAAACAUAAACAGUAGUAUAGCCAUCAACUUUUAGUGAUGAUUUUAAUGUUUUGAAUUUUUUGGAAACCGCUUAGAGGUUUUAGAACCAGCAAGUGGUAUACACAUUUUGUUAAAGAAAUAAAAAGUUCAUAUAUUGCUACUCUUGACUUGCCUUCUCAAGACGGACAACAAGCUUGGUCAAUGCAUUCAUGUGGAAGGGGAAAUUGCGGAAGCAGGCUCUUCUCCCUGCUCCCACAUGCAUUUGUCCAUGUUCUGAAUAGUUUCUACAUAUGUUCAGUGGUUACGUGCAUAGAAAUGUUGUGUGGUCAUAUGUAGAAGCUGGUGUCUGCAUUCCUUUGUUGUGUGGGUUCUGUCUGAAUCUUUUAUGUUUGGCUUAUGUAAAGGAUAGAGCCGUUUCAUAUAGGUUUCAAGGCUGGCAUUGGACCCUUUACUGAAUGUCUUUUGUUGAAAGAUAACACGGGCAUGCAGUCCUGUUAGUUCUCCUGGAGCUCUCAGUUGCUUUUAACAUCAUCUGCCCUAGUAUCCCCUUCUGGAGAGGGGUGGAAGGGACUGCUUGAAAGUGAUUCCACUCCUACUCAGGUAGCCAUUUUCCAGAAGAUGAUCCUGGGAGAUCACUGCUCAACUCUUUCGCAGUUGCUACGUCCUAUUCUUUCUUUUUAACAUCUAUAUGCAACCAGAGGGAGAAGUCAUCCAGAGUCUUAGCCUAGAUGUCACCAGUGCGUGGAGGUCACCCAUUCUUAUCUCUUUUUCACAAGGUAUGGCUGUGCAUGAGUGUGGUAAUGGACUGGAUGAGGACCAACAAACCAAGACUCAAUCCAGGUUGAUGCUUUACCCACCCAGGUGAACAAUGUUCAGCCUCUUCUAGAUGGGAGUUGUGCUUCCUCUAAAGAAGGGUUUCCUAAACUUGGGUCUCCAGCGGUUCUUGGACUACAGCUUCCAUCUUCCCUAGCUAGCAGGACCAGUGGUCAGGGAUGAUGGGAACUGUAGUCCAAAAACCGCUGAAGAUCCAUGUUUGGGAAACCCAGCUCUAAAGCACAGGUAGGGAACCUCCACUCCACAGUCCAAACUUGGUCCACCAAUUUUGCUUCUGAGGCCAUUUUCUCCAAACUAUGUCCACCUAUUCCACCCCUGACAUCGUAUGUUGGGCAGGUAGAUAUGGAGUCCCCAAAGAAAGCUGGAUUGGACAUCAGCUGCAAACUUUGACAGGCCAAUCACCUGACAUCAUUAUGACAUCAAGGUGCUGCCCACAUGUCAAAUUUGGCCCAUGAGGUGGGGUGCGGAGAUAAAUAUCUAGCUCACUGGGCCAAAAGUGUUCCCCACUCUUGCCAUUAAUAGUUUGAUACCAGGUUACCUGAAAGACCUCCUUCUCCUGUAGGUAGAAGUUUAAAUAUCCUCUUUGAAAGCCCUGCUCUGGGUGUCCUCACUGAAUUAAGUCCUCACUUAAUUAAUUAAGUGGUUUUGUUGGUUAUUGUUGGAACAGCCUUGCCAGGGAAGCUCACCUAGCCAUACUUCAGUGGUCUUUUCAGCAACUUCCUAGUCACCCACACAUUGUAAAUAACUUGCAACCUCUGCUUUUGCUUUUAAAUUAUGGGGUUAUGGUGAAUUCCAUCUUGUUGCGUUUAUGUACCCCCUCGCCAUUCUAAAAGUUUUAUGUUUUACUUUACUUUUUUAUUAUUAUUCAUUGUAAGUCACCCAGAGAACUGGGCAACAUACAAAUGCCAUUGAUAAAUAAGGCUUCCACUCCCUUUGUGCCUUUGUGAAUUCAUUUUCUCAAUUCGCUGUCUGGAAGGAAUGAAGGGCUCUCUAAUGUUCAGCUGCAUCUGAGCAGCAGUGUCAAAGCAGAAUGAAUAUAGAUGCUAUGGUUUCUGGAAACAGGGGCCAAGGAAGCAUUGCCCCUGUGGCAGUCUGUGCAUGAUGGGAAACGAUACCAUGCUAUGGGAAAAUAUUGUGAAAAGAGAAGCCUAGAGAUUUGGGAGUGCAUCAGGAAGUGGGAUUUUCAAGCACUGGGCAAAGCAAUGGCAUGCAAGGAAAAGCUUCCUUUUCCUUUCAUGGAAGUGUAGGAAAGAUUAUUUCAGCAGGUGUGUGUAUCUUUUACCCAUGCAUCACAAGCUGCUACACCUGCCAAGACUCCCUCUCCUACACAACUAUAAAAGGUGCCAAAGCUCUGUCUUCCUUCUGCAUCAGGGAUUGUAAAGUGUUUUGCUCAGGGCCAUGACAACGUAGAUGCAGGCCUUUACUUAGCCUCUUGAAAGCUGGAACAUGUGAUCCAAUGCUCCUUUUGAAACUGAACAGCACCUUGCGGAGAUAGCUGUGACAAAAACAAGAAGCAAAACUCUGGCAGGGAUCGCCACGCUGCUCCCUCUGCCCUGCCUGCCUGCCUUCCUUCUUUGGAGCCCAGCCAUAGACAUUGAUAUGUUAGCCUUUCAGUAAAAUACCAUAUUUUUUGCUCUAUAAGACUCACUUUUUCCCUCCUAAAAAGUAAGGCGAAAUGUGUGUGCGUCUUAUGGGGCGAAUGCAGGCUGCGCAGCUAUCCCAGAAGCCAGAACAGCAAGAGGGAUUGCUGCUUUCACUGCGCAGCUCUUGCUGUUUUGGCUUCUGAGAUUCAGAAUAUAUUUUUCUUGUUUUCCUCCUCCUCCAAAAACUAGGCGCGUCUUGUAGUCUGGUGCAUAUUAUAGAGCAAAAAAUACGGUAACCAUCAUUACACAGAGUACCUAUCAUCUUGUUUCGUUCAGUAAUUCUGACCACGGUUUGCAUUGCCUUGGGAGGCAGGUAACGCACAUCCUAUCAAUGCAAGAUGUUUAUAAUUCUGGCAAAAUGUAUAGAUCCAAGGCACACUCUCCUUUGAAAUGUUGUGGCAUUCAUCAUAUGAAAUUUAUUGGUGGGUUUAUUAUUUAUUGCUUUUUAUAACCUGCUUUCGUGAAAGGGCCCCAAGAAACAACCAUUUUGCGUGCAUUCAAAGCACGCGUGUCUGUGCAUGCGCAGGCUGUUUUCAGAAAUGGAAGAGGGCGGAACAGGCAUGGAACAGGGCAGGGCGCAGUGGGCUUAUGGGCGCUCUGCCAACACACGCAAUGACCCAGAACGCAACCCCUGUGCAAAUCGAGGGUUGCCUGUCCAUAUAACAUUAAAACAAUAGCUAACAAUAUCCUUGAAGGCUAAAACAUGUAAAACACAACCCAUAUAUCUCAAUAGCAGUCGAGAUGGCUGCAGGUAAGCAAGCAAAACAAGCCCUACCAUUUCAACACCAAACCUCGGCCCUCCCAAAAGCCUGCUAAGAGAUGCAUUUUAAUUAGUCAACAAAAUGCCAUUAAUGUUGCUGAAUGAUUCACCUGAGACGCAAGGUAAUGCUACAGGCAAGGGGCCACCACAGAGAAGGCCCUAUCACGCCCCCUAGUCCUUACUCACUAGCAGGGUGAGGUCAUCUGCUGAUCUUAAUGCCUGGGCGGGUUGAUUCAGGGGGAGGCAUUCAUUCAAGUAUUUUGGACCAAGUAAGUCAUCAUACUUACAUUGAACCAGACCCAGAAAGUAAUUGCCAACUGGCACAAUUCCUUUAAAACAGACUUCUCUUUCCCUACUAGUGCAGGCAUAGUCAGCUGAUUCAAAACUUCCGGCUCAACUUUCUGCUCCAUCAAUUGACACACCCUCCUUCCCAGCUUAUAGCUGAUGCCUUUUAUGGUUUUUCUUGCCAGGUUUAGAACUGGUCUGGGUGUUGUUGUUUUUUAUUAUUACUACCGUUACCACCACGGACCCAGCAUCUGACUCAGGCUCCAGUCCUGUGGUGUGAUUUCUGAAACCUAGAAAUUUGUGCCUGAGACUGAGCUAGAGAUGCUGGCUUAAGGGAAUAUCCCACAGCACCUCUUCCUUCUUCUAUCGAACUUACGGAGACUACAGCUGGCCUCCAGGAACAAAAGUUCCUACACAGAAAUUGACUAAUCCAUUAUUUGCUUAGAAUCUGAAGGAGACGGCAGCACCUUACAUGCCAGAAGAAAAAGGGACAGUCAAACAAAACAGCCCCUUGCAAGUUGCCCGUGUUACCCACUGGCCUGCCAACCAUGCUAAUUCAUAGCACUCAUCAACAUGUACAGAGUGGAGGAUUAAAUAUCACACACCCUAAGAGUGCUCCUUUAUAAACUAGAUCCCGCCUUCAUACUAUUCUGGAACACUACAGUCGCAUGGUAUUGUAUAGCAAUGCAAUGAUUUUUUAAAAAAGUUAUUGUUACUAUUUUACAGCUACAAAUAUUCAACACGGCCUAGGACCCUCAUACCUGGUAUGCCCCGCGGAUGACCUUAAGGUCCACAAAUAACAACACUUUGGAGGUCCCGAGCCACAAAGUGGUUAGAUUGGUCUCAACUAGGGCCAGGGCCUUUUCAGUACUGGCCCCAACUUGGUGGAAUGCUCUGUCACAAGGGACUAUGGCUCUGCAGGACUUGACAUCUUUCCGCAGGGCCUGCAAGACAGAGCUGGUCCGCCUGGCCUUUGGUUUGGACUCAGUCUGACCCUUAUGUUUCCCUCCCCUUAUGGUUUUGAUUUAUGGGCUACUAUUAAAAUGAGGCUGCAUUUUAAAUUGUAUUUUAACCUGUAUUUUAAUAAACUGGUUGUUUGUUAGUUUGUUUGUGUCCCCCCCCCCCAUUAUGCUUUAUUGUAACUUUAUUGGUGUUAGCCGCCCCGAGCCCGGCUCUGGCCAGGGACGGCGGGGUAUAAAUAAAAAUUAUUAUUAUUAUUAACACAAAUUCCAGACACCAAGAUCUUCAUAGAUGAGGCGGAAUCUCACAGGGCGGGUGCCCCGCCUACUCCUGCCACAAGAGAAAGAGAAGCCGUAGCAGCGGCUUGUGGCGAGAGCUCACAAGUGCUCUGAAAGAUCUCACUGGAAGCCGCUGCUUCUGCACGACCACAGUUAGCAAGGCUUAGGCAGGGGGGCAGUGCCACAGGGGUCGGGGCAGAGGGGUGGAGGCAGGGGCAGCACAUUCCUGUUCUGCCUCUGGUGAAGUGGGAUGGGCCACACCCAAUAUAAGAACACAGCAGUUCCUUUCAGACUAUUUCGAUUGUUAGUUCCACGGAAGGGGAAAGAGAGCUGCAGUAAAACAUAUUUUGUCAAAGCUGAGCACGUUACUGAAGCUGGCAUUGCAUUACGAAAUAAAUCAAAGUAGAGACAACUGUUUCAUUAGGAUCUAAUAACCUAGCAACAACAAGCACAAAACACACAACCUUGUUUCAAACAACCAACCUUUCGCCUGGAAUUAUGUGGCCUAUCUAAUGUGACCAGGGACUGGUAGGAACUUUUAAAAAAAACUAAAAAAAAAACUGUUAAGAUAAUUGCAUGGUUUCCUAUUCAUGUUUUAACAUUGCCUUUUCCAUUGUUUGUACGCCUCUGAUUAGCGAGAGAAAGCUAGUCAGAAGACAAAUUGAAAGCUUGCAAUUUGCUGGCUGGAGAGCUAACAGAUGAUUGCAAAGCUUUCAGCACUUUAAUUUAAUUUUGCAAAGCACUAGAUGCCUUGAUAGCACUAUAAAAAUAAUAAAAGAUAAUCAUUGGGAGUAAUAAAUUACUGCGUCUGCCAUUCAGAAGAAAUGCGAGAAUUUCUGAGAGUCUCAGAUGGCAGGAAGCGGGGGGGGGGGGGGGGGAGGGACCCAGAGUGGUUAUUUACAACCCAGUUUAGUAAAAUCCCAAGAAUGCCCAUCAAAUCUCUCUACAGACAUGCCUCCACCCCCCAGUCUCAGUUAGACACCAUAAAUUCUAGUCACACUGCUCUGACUUAACUCACAAUCUCUAUAAUUGUCUAUUUGUUUGCUGUGCACAUUUGAAAGGAAGCAGAGGGGUGUGUAUAGCUCAGCUAUGUUCUAUCUGUGCUGGCAUAUGCUGACAUCCAUCACAGGCAGCAAAUACACUUGGGCUGCACUGGUUAUGAAUCUGUUUUAUUAAGACAGCUGGUUAUUUAUGGGCUUUAAAUUUAACCAGCAACGUGCAGCGGAGGUAGGUCCAUGUGCUUUACCCAAGCUCGCUUUUUGCAGAAAGGAAAAAGAAAGGACCUAUAUUUCAGGUAGGCUUUAAGCAAGCGGGUAGCGCUGUGGGUUAAACCACAGAGCCUAGGACUUGCCGAUCAGAAGGUCGUGGUUCGAAUCCCCGUGACAGGGUGAGCUCCCAUUGCUCGGUCCCUGCUCCUGCCAACCUAGCAGUUCGAAAGCACAUCAAAGUGCAAGUAGAUAAAUAGGUACUGCUUCGGCGGGAAGGUAAACGGCGUUUCCAUACGCUGCUCUGGUUCGCCAGAAGCGGCUUAGUCAGGCAGGCCACAUGACGAGCUGUACGCCGGCUCCCUCGGCCGAUAAAGCGAGAUAUGCACCGCAACCCCAGAGUCGGUCACAACUGGACCUAAUGGUCAGGGGUCCCUUUAGCUAUACUUUUAUGCUGAAAUGUGAUGGCAAACCAAACCACUAACAGUACAGUGGUACCUCUGGUUAUGAACGCUUCAGGUUACGAGCUCCGCUAACCUGGAAGUAGCUGCUCCUGGUUGCGAACAUUGCCCCAGGAUGCGAUCGGAAAUCACACGCUGGAGGUGUGCGCGCAGCGGGAGGCCUCAUUAGCGAAAGCGCGCUUCAGGAUAAGAACGGUUUCAGCUUAAGAAUGUACCUCCAGAAUGAAUUAAGUUCGUAACCAGAGGUACCACUGUAUAUUGUAAACAUGAUCUAACAGUAACUUAACCAAGGUCCAUCAAUAUGCAUUUUAAUAGCAAAGCAAGCCACUUAACAGGAAAGAAGAGUGUCUUUUAAGAAGGCAAUACUCCUUCUCAUAAAGUGAAGGUAAAGGGACCCCUGACCAUUAGGUCCAGUUGUGACCGACUCUGGGGUUGUGGUGUUCAUCUCGCUUUAUUGGUCGAGGGAGCCGGCAUACAGGUCAUGUGGCCAGCAUGACUAAGCCGCUUCUGGCAACCAAAGCAGCGCAUAGAAACGCCGUUUACCUUCCCGCCGGAGCAGUACCUUUUUAUCUACUUGCACUUUGAAAUGCUUUCGAACUGCUAGGUUGGCAGGAGCAGGGACCGAGCAACAGGAGCUCACCCCAUUGCGGGGAUUCGAACCACCGACCUUCUGAUCGGCAAGCCCUAGGCUCUGUGGUUUAACCCACAGCACCACCCGUGUCCCACUCCUUCUCAGAGAGAACCUUAAUUAAGAAACAAUGCCGUUUGUCAUCUUGAAAUUGCUAGGACAUCCCUAUUUUCAUCAGAGAAAUAUUGGGAUGUGCCUAUUUUCAUCAGACAAACAUUGGAGGGUUUGCUACUACAGUAUUACUACCGGUAGUAAUACAGCAUGGCCCUAUUUUCACUUAGCAAAUGUUCCUUUGAUAUCAACCCCUUCAAUAAUGUAUUAAUCAAUACUCAGUUCUAUUGACUAUUUGUGAACUUUUCUGUUAUUGGGGGUUGGGGGAAUGGGUGACUACAGCACUGGCCGUUUGUUCCUUUCCAAGGAAGCAAUUUUCCAAAUCUCAACUCAAAAGUAAAUAUUUUGGAUGUUCAUUUCCCCUCCCCUCAAAAACUUAGGAAACAAGUGAAGUGGAGUUGGAUACAACCCAAUUGAUCUUAACAUGGGAUCCAGCCUCCCCUUUCCAAUUAGAAGUGAGCUGGUAAAAUUUCAGGAUGCUUGUGGUGGGCUGUUUAUUGGCACAAUACUGAGUUGCUGAAUAACUGAGUUGUUGAACAGCAGAAUUAUCCCAUCACUUUUCUAACUGCAAAAGUGAUGGGAAAUUGCCCUGGAAAGUGUGGAAUAAUAACCACUAGCUGGCAAUGCAAACUUCCAUGUGAACAUUAUCAAAAUGAUUGCUCAAUAAACAGGUGAUGUUGUAUAUCCUCAGUGUACAUUUUGUGCAUACAUAUCAAUAUGAAUACUCAAUGAACAGCCGGUCUGGAAGCUCCUUUCAGCAAAUCAAAAUAUGCUCUUUCCAAAUGACGCUCUUUCUUUCUCCUAUUUUCCAGUGGCAAUAGCAAUUUGCAUUCCAACAAAUAAAGAGCUCAAUAGAUACAACCCAGGCUUUUCUGUCAUCAGCCUAGAUGCUGUGUAGAAGCUUUAAUAGGAUGAGCCCCAGCAACAGGAAACCAAGGUGCAGUUUUAGUUCUGUAUUCUGACCAGCUUUUAUUUCAUUAACAUGGAUGUGUUUUUGUUUUAAAGAUUUUGCAACUCGUCCCGAGAUCCGCAGAUAAUAGGCAAGCUAAAAAUACCCUAAAAUAAAUGAAUAAAUAAAAUUUGCUCCCGGGGAAAUGAGAAAGGAGGUUUGCACAUAGCCAUGACUCAGAAAUCAUCAGCAGUCAAUUCUGAAAGAGUCCAUGGCUCUACAGCCAUAACCUGGGGAACUUUACACAAACAAUUCCGCCUGGGCCCCUUGUUUUUCAAACGGCAGCCCCCUCUGUCCAGCACAAGUUGAAAAAUAGAUUUUGGUGUGGCAAAUAAUGUAAGCAAGGUGCAUAGAAAGACCCGGUUAAAUAUGUGCAAACCCCUAGAGCUGUUAUAGCAUAGUGGCUACGAAUCACAGAACUGGAAGGAACCCUGAGGAUCAUCUGGUCCAAGCAGGGAUCGAACUUGCAGCCUUGGCAUUAUCAGCACCACGCUCUAACCAACUGAGCUAUCCGGAAGGUCACAGACUAAGCAACACGUCAGGAAGCCUUCCAGUCUCAUCUCUGCUGUGAACUCACUAUGUGGCCACUUUUUCUCAGCUUCAGCUUCUGCAUCUACAAUAUGGGCGAUGCACACUUACCUUACAUGGUUGUUGUGAGAACUGCAGCUAGAAAAUGCAUGUAAAUCGCUUUGAUCACUUGAGAGCACUAUAACGAGAUUAAGCAUUAAGGAGUGCUUCAAGUUAUGAUCCAUGCAUGCCAAGGUGAUGCGCGAUUAGAAUUCCAUGCCUUGAAUGGGCUUUGGUAUUAAUUAAUUUUAUAAUGAAUGAUUUUAGAGUGUUGUUUGUGCUGUACAUUUGUACUGUUUUAUUGUUGUUAGCCGCCCUGAGCCCGGCUUUGGCUGGGGAGGGCGGGAUAUAAAUAAAUUUUAUUAUUAUUUAUUAUUAUUAUUAGCUGAGAUGGGAAACAGUGGACUUUUUACAAUGCUAAAACCACCUCCAGAGUCACCAGCUAUGUAGCUUUUUUGCGCCAUUUUCAAAUCAUGGCCAGCAUAUAUAUACAAACACACACACACCCUACCUAUCUACAGACAGAAGUUGUCUCAGUAUUGGUGACUGAUCUACAAGUGUCCUGCUCAUGUGGAUCUUUCUCUGAGACCCAGCUUGCCAAUUUCCAUGCAUACACCAAGGCCCUGUACAACUACGAACCACAGUCCUGUGCGCUAACUAAAUUGGCAAUAAAACAAGUGACAAGGUACCAGCCCAGUAUAAAAGGAUUUGCACAACUGGUUCAGAUCACUGCAGAGAUCGUACUCUGUCUGCCUUUCAUCCUCUGACAACUCGCUGCACAAAAUAGGAUCAGUAUAGGCUUGUGGUGAUCCAGCUCUGUGAUUCGUUUAGCCAUGUAAACUUGGAUAAUAUUCCUAGUGGCAACAAAGAACAACAGUGUAUGGAAAGUUUUCAUCCAUUAAGAAAUAUAUUCCCUAUCGGGGGCAUAACACAACAAGCAUUUUUUUAAGAAGAAGAUAGUAUUCCCAAGUGCAGUGAGUCACACUGAAAGUGUCUUCAUAACAAAAGCAGGUUUAUUCUACGACUAUUUUUCUAAACCAAUCAGUCAGGCAUUCAGGAUUGUUCUGCUCAUUUUGCCAGAACAAAUGCAAAUGCAUAAUAAGCCUGUUAAUGCUCAUGAUGGAGCAAUGUUUGCCUGCCCUAGUCUUAAACUGUAGGCUUCACUCUUUAACUUCAGAAUGUGGGAACCUGGCCCUGAUACAUUGCAGCUUCCAGUGAACUAUAAUAUUAUUGACUGGUAAGAUUAAGAGAUUGCAUGCUAAUGUAAGUAAAAGGUAAAGGGACCCCUGACCAUUAGGUCUAGUCGUGGACGACUCUGGGGUUGAAUGCUCAUCUCGCUUUAUAGGCCGAGGGAGCCAGCAUACAGCUUCCAGGUCAUGUGGCCAGCAUGACUAAGCCGCUUCUGGCGAACCAGAGCAGCGCACGGAAAUCCCAUUUACCUUCCCGUUGCAGUGGUACCUAUUCAUCUACAUGCACUGGCGUGCUUUCAAACUGCUAGGUUGGCAGCAGCUGGGACCGAUCAAUGGGAGCAGGGAUUUGAACUGCCGACCUUCUGAUCGGCAAGCCCUAGGCUCUGUGGUUUAGACCACAGCGCCACCCGCGUCCCGGUAAUGUAAGUACGUGCUCUAAUUCGAACUGUGUAGAAUAAUACUUAUUUCCCCUUGGUCCAACGAUCAGUAAACUUAGAAUCAUAGAGUUGGAAGAGACCCCAAGAAUCAUCUAUUCCAAACCCCUGCCCUGCAGAAAUCUCAACUAAACUUGGUAAACAAGUAAACAAGCAUGUAAUUUAAUAUUAAAAUAGAGGAGAGUAAAUACUAUUGAGGGACGCGGGUGGCGCUGUGGGUUAAACCACAGAGCCUAGGACUUGCUGAUCAGAAGGUCGGCAGUUCAAAUCCCCGUGAUGGGGUGAGCUCCCGUUGCUCGGUCCCUGCUCCUGCCAACCUAGCAGUUCAAAAGCACAUCAAAGUGCAAGUAGAUAAAUAGGUACCGCUCUGGUGGGAAGGUAAACGGCGUUUUCCGUGCACUGCUCUGGUUCACCAGAAGCGGCUUAGUCAUGCUGGCCACAUGACCUGGAAGCUGUACGCCGGCUCCCUCGGCCAAUAAAGCGAGAUGAGCGCCAAAACCCCAGAGUCGGCCACGACUGGACCUAAUGGUCAGGGGUCCCUUUAAGUACUAUUGAACCCAAUGGGGCUUAAAUCUGAGUAGAUAUGUAUAGGAUUGCACUGAGUAGAUACAUGUAGGAUUGCACUUAGGUUGGUUUCUCCAACAACACACAUACCAAUAAAAAUCUAAUUAUGAUCCUAAUUUUGGGACAGUCUCUGUUCCUGAGACUGUAGAGGAUGCCUUUGGGGUUUUGAAAUGCUAGUGAAGAUAAUAUGUCAUGAUGCUUUGCUUAGUCUGAUAACUAAAUGCUAUUCAUCAUAAUCAUCAUCAAUUUAUUAUGGCCAACAGGACCAGAAAUAAAAUACUUUUUCAACUAAGCCCUCUUAAGCAAAGGAAAUGGAUUUCUGAUUUGUGCCGUUAAAUCCACAAUAUGAUUUUUAUUUUAUUUUUUUGCACUUAGGUAUAUUGAUUUGUUUGCAAUCCAUCUUCCUAAAAACACAGGAGAUUAACCAUACAAUAGGCAACUGAAUUUCACUUCCUUUGUGUAUGAAUUGGCUUUCAAAAUGGCUAUGCUAUUUUAGUAAGCUAAGCAAAGCGUUGCAAAAGUAAUGUCAUGAUAAUCAGUCAUGAUUUCUACAGGCACGAGCUGAAAUCCAAAUGGCUGUUUUCAGUGCUGUCCUAGGCAUGUCUACUCACCGAGUCCCAUGGAACUUACUCCCAAGAAAAGCAACAGAGGAUCACAGCCUUAAGCUCACACAAGGUCCUUUGCUCAAAUGCAGUGGAAUUUCACAAGCAGCACUCGCACCCGCUGCCAUGCCAUACUACAAGCUACUUUUGAAACUCCACUCCGUUUCAGAAGCAGCAGGUUGUACAAGACAGACAUACUGUUCUUAGGGGACAGAGGGCGGGCUGGUGUGGAGGACUCCCUGGUCCUGAACGGGGUAACUGUGCCCCUGAAGGACCAGGUAUGCAGCCUGGGAGUCAUUUUGGACUCACAACUGUCCAUGGAGGCGCAGGUCAAUUCUGUGUCCAGGGCAGCUGUUUACCACCUCCAUCUGGUACCCAGGCUGUCUUGCCAGAGUGGUGCAUGCUCUAGUUAUCUCCCACUUGGACUACUGCAAUGCGCUCUACGUGGGGCUACCUUUGAAGGUGACUCGGAAACUGCAAUUAAUCCAGAAUGCGGCAGCUAGGCUGGUGACUGGGAGUGGCCGCCGAGACCACAUAACACCGGUCCUGAGAGACCUGCAUUGGCUCCCAGUACAUUUCCGAGCACAAUUCAAAGUGUUGGUGCUGACCUUUAAAGCCCAAACGGCCUUGGUCCUGUAUACCUGAAGUAGCGUCUCCACCUCCAUCAUUCAGCCUGGACACGAAGGUCAAGUGCCGAGGGCCUUCUGGCAGUUCCCUCCCUGUGAGAAGUGAGGUUACAGGGAACCAGGCAGAGGAUCUUCUCAGUAGUGGUGCCUGCCCUGUGGAACGCCCUCCCAACAGAUGUCAAGGCAAUAAGCAACUAUCUUACUUUUAAAAGACAUCUGAAGGCAGCCCUGUUUAGGGAAGUUUUUUAAUAUUCAAUGCUUUAUUGUGUUUUUAAUAUUCGGUUGGAAGCCACCCAGAGUGGCCGGGGAAACCCAGCCAGAUGGGCGGGGUAUAAAUAGAUGAUGAUGAUGGUGGUGGUGGUGGUGCACAGGGAAAUAAAUGCAGCCUAAGAAAAAACAAUAGCAUCCUUAUUGUUUGACAGAACUAGGAGAAUAGGAAGCCAGAACAUUAAUCCAUCUAGCUCAGUUGGAUCCUGGCCAUUUUACACACAUAACACCCCCAAAUCAAAUAUUUUCACUUGUCUACAGCCACAGUCUCAUCGUAUUUUACCUUCGUGUGUGAAGAACUGGUCUGCUUCUUACCACCGCAAAAUCAGUGUCGUUUCCCUUCUUGUAAUUGGAAAAGACGAUCAAGAAGGGCAACUGUCUAAACCGAAGCAGAAUGCUUUGUGUUAAGAAAUUAAAACCACACGUCUGUUUUGCAAACAGUACUGCUUAUUCAGUUACCAUAAAUCAACCGAAGUACAGAAGAUUAAACGUUGUGCUAAAGAACUGCAUUGUCUCUAAACCAUAAUUAUUGUACCCACACGAGCAGUAAUGCACAUGGUAGAGUACCAUCUUGCACUGAAUAAUUUCCAUGUUAUUCCAUAUUAGCAAUUAAUUACAGUGCUUAAAAUGCCAUUGCUCCAUAAGCUAGCUGAAAGAGUAUUUCUGAUGUAAGACACCCAAGAGGAUCUUUCCAAUCACUUGGAGUUGCCUGAAACAGAUGUUGCGCUCUCCUCCUCAUAACUUUGUUCUUGUCACACAACAACCACUGUUCCCCUAGUCUGACUCAUGGGUGCCCAGAACCCAAAACUGGCACAAUACUGUCCCAUGGUGGAGGAGCACCAGUGUAUUCAUGAGGGAUGAUAUAACGGUAAAGGACCCCUGGAUGGGGUUGUGGCGCUCAUCUCGUUAUGAGGCUGAGGGAGCUGGCGUUUGUCCACAGACAGCUUUCUGGGUCAUGUGGCCAGCAUGACUAAACCGCUUCUGGUGCAACGGAACACCGUGACGGAAACCAGAGCGCACAGAAACGCUGUUUACCUUCCCAUUGCAGGGGUACCUAUUUAUAUAUUUGUACUGGCGUGCUUUCAAACUGCUAGGUUGUCAGGAGCUGGGACAGAGCAAUGGGAGCUCACCCUGUUGUGGGGAUUCGAACCACCGGCCUUCUGAUCAGCAAGCCCAAGAGGCUCAGUGGUUUAGACCACAGCGCCACCCACAUCCCAGGAGGAAUGAUGUACCAAUAGUUCUCAGGAAAGCCUGGCACCCAAAGGCUCUGCAGGGUGAUUAUAGCAUGUUAAGCCAUCAUGUAGAAAAGUGAGGGAGGCGGGGAGAAAAAUAUCCAUCCAAACAUGCCUUUUGGUGCAGUUAGGUAAAGGUAAAGGGACCCCUGACCAUUAGGUCCAGUCGUGGCUGACUCUGGGGUUGCGGCGCUCAUCUCGCUUUAUUGGCCGAGGGAGCCGGUGUACAGCUUCUGGGUCAUGUGGCCAGCAUGACUAAGCCGCUUCUGGCGAACCAGAGCAGCACACAGAAAUGCCGUUUACCUUCCCACUGGAGCGGUACCUAUUUAUGUACUUGCACUUUGAUGUGCUUUCGAACUGCUAGGUUGGCAGGAGCAGGGACCGAUCAACGGGAGCUCACCUCGUCACGGGGAUUCGAACCGCCAACCUUCUGAUUGGCAAGUCCUAGGCUCUGUGAUUUAACCCACAGCGCCACCCACGUCCCUCUUUGAUGCAGUUAGGGGCCACAAAAUUUAGAGCUGCCUAGCCUACAAGUAGGAAUGGAAGAAGCAGUCAGUUUCAGAUCUCUCAGUUUCUGAUUGUUCAAAUCUUAAACUCUCCACAUUUCUGCAGCAAUUUGCAUUAAAAUGGAAUCUCAUUAAAAUUCAUAAGCAUCUGUCCUAAUACACACAUUUUUGCAUGCAAUUCUGACUAAUGUACACCUUUUCUUGCAAUUUCCCCAUAUAUUAUACAGUUUUGUAUGUUAUUUUCACUAUUAUAUCAAUUUUUAUGCACCCCCCCCAAAUAUUCUGUAAACAUUGUUUGUAUCUGAACUGUAUCACAAAAUUUGGUUAAGUUUCAAAGGCUGGCUGUGUUUCAGUUCUCAUGUGGUUUCAGAAAGAGCAAAUUUGAUAAUUACCUUUAAAUGCAAACUGAGUUGAAUUUCCCACCCACCUCCAUCCUUACCUGCAAGCAAGAAAUCCUGGACAAUAAUCCAAAGGACACCUGUUUGCGGCAAGCUUCAUGCAUUAUUGUAGUGGAAUUAAAAGACAGAAAACAUGGUAAUGCCACCUGUAGUCAUUUUCUAUGUAAUGAAGGUAUUACAGAGAACCUGCCUUAUUUGUUGCAGCUGUGUGCAAACAAGUCAUUGGCCUAUUAACAAACAAAAUUACUUAUUUAAAAAGUGAUAGAGCUGUUGUUGAAAAGCUUUCCUCCUUUGCCUCCCUGGUAGCAAGCAUGCACUGCAAAUGUUUAGCUGUCCGUGCAGCGGAUUUUUAUUAUAAGGGAAUAAUUCGUUUCUGAAUUUAAUUAGAUGCGGAAGUUUUAUCUCGUUUGUUAUGGCCCAAGGACUGAACAAAUAAAACUGCUACUACGUUUUAAGAAGCGCAGCAUGGCAGAACACACACUCCACAAAUCAUGGGAACACAGGAACUUCCCAUCCCUGUUCUUCUUGCAAUUUAGGCACAGAAUGAACCACUUCUCAUUGCGUGACCACAGUGUAACCCUGCCUGCUCCACAGCAAAAUUCCCUAGGCAGGUAUACUACAUGGUCUCUGGCAUGCAUUCCACAAAUUAGGACAUAUACCAGUAAGAGCACAUACUAUAAAUAUUUAAAAAUAAUUAAAUAAUGAAAAGAAUGCACAACACGCACGCUCAGAAGACCAUGCUACAACAACCAGUUAGUUGCUAACUGAAAAAAGUUUUUGCCUGCUGGCGAAACGAAAGCAGAUAGUGGGGGGCAGCCCAGUUUCCCGUGGAAGGGUGGAAGCAGUUUGGGAGCAGCCACCAAGAAGGCCCUGCCUCACAUCCUCACCAAACAUGCCUGCGAAUGUGGCAUGAUCAAGAGAAAGGCCUCUGCAGAAGAUCUCCGAGGCCAGGCAGGCUCAUACUGUAUAAGGAGAUGUGUUUCUUCAGAACGUUCCACUACAAUUUAUCGGUGUUAAGACUCUGCCUUCCUCUUCAGCCCUAUCUUUGUCAGAGGGGAAAGUGCUUAGAAGUUGGAUUAGUUCUUGCAGGUUUAUGAGGAUUUGGUUUUGGGGCUCACUAGCUUGGGGAGGAGGCGUGUGAUUCCUCAGGCUCAGGACAGGUGGGGGUCACAUGCCUCGUCAAAACCAGAAGGUAUAACAGGCCUGCACGUCCUGGCCAGGCCUACACAUCCUGCGUCCUGACUAGGUCUCUGCAUCUUGGCCAAGCCUCUGCAUCUUGGCCAAGCCCCUGCGUCCUGGCCCAGAUGACUGUGUUCUAGCCAGGAUGCAGGACUUGAAGAUGGACUAAAAACAGGGACAAUCGGACCAGAAAUUAUUAAAAGAAUGGGAAUGCGCUAAAGAGUAUAUGAAAAAACAUUGUUCUGGAGUAAGCAUAUCGGUAUGUAAUGAAUGAUGCUUUGCAGGGUUAAAGAAAAAGAAAAAUGAUGUAAAAAGUAUAAAGACAGAGGUAAUCUACAUUAGACACAACAAUUUAGAAAGAGUAAAACUUUUGAGGUCUUAGAACAAAGGAAGGAAGUCAAUAUAUGUAUAUGUAUGUAAUGACUAGAUUAGAAUGAAGAUAUGGUUUUAUUUGUAGGUGUGUGUUUUUUCUUUUUUUCGUUUUUUCUUUCUUGUUUGUAGAGUUUUAUUUUGGAUUCGAUGUUUAUAAUUUUUGUUGUAAUUUUGCAUUGAAAAAAAAAAAAGAAGGAUUAAAAACAGAAUGUAGCUCCAGAAGCGUGAGAACCGUUUCUUGUUGCAGAAGCAGAUUGUUACACCCAGUGCCAAAUUUAUGUAUAAGCUAAAUAAGCUAUAGCUUAGGGCCCCACUCUCUUGGGGGCCUCCAAAAAAAUUUAAAGGAAAAAAACCUGGAUGUACAUUUCCAAAAUAUAAGAUAAAAAAAAAAUAAAACCUACAUACAGCAACAGUGUUUUGUAGGCUCCUGUGAUGUAAGUAAUCAAAAUGUAAGUAAACAAAAAACAGCGACAAUUUGUUGUUGACGAAGGACAGCUGGACAUAAAAGGGGCCCCAUUACGUUCAGGGCCUCAUCAAAUCUAAAUCCGGCCCUGGUUACGCCAAGGUAUGAGAAACUGAAUUUCUCUCUUCUAUGCAGCCCUAAAAAGCACAGGGCCCCAGCCUCUUUCUGCCACUUUAUACAUUUCCAUCUUCUCUAGAGCAGGAAGAAAAGAAAGCAAUAAAUGAAGACCCACCAGCGGUAAAAGCCCAAAACUUUCAUUACAGGUUACAGGGAACCAGACAGAGGGCCUUCUCGGUAGUGGCGCCCACCCUGUGGAACGCCCUCCCUUCAGAUGUGAAGGAAAUAAGCAGCUAUCCUAUCUUUAAAAGGCAUCUGAAGGCAGCCCUGUAUUGGGAUGUUUUUAAUAUUUAAUGCUGUAUUGUUUUUAACACUCGAUUGGGAGCUGCCCAGAGUGGCUGGGGAAACUCAGCCAGAUGGGCGGGGUAUAAAUAAUAUAUUAUUAUUAUUAUUAUUAUACAAAAAGCAGCUCCCGUGUUCAAAGGCCUAGUUCUUGGCCUUUCCUAAAAGCUUUGCCAACUCCUUUAACUGAUUGUGGGUUCUAUCCAAUUACAAUGGUACCUCGGGUUAAGUACUUAAUUCAUUCCGGAGGUCCGUACUUAACCUGAAACUGUUCUUAACCUGAAGCACCACUUUAGCUAAUGGGGCCUCCCGCUGCUGCCGCACCGCCGGAGCACGAUUUCUGUUCUCAUCCUGAAGCAAAGUUCUUAACCUGAAGCACGAUUUCUGGGUUAGCGGAGUCUGUAACCUGAAGCGUAUGUAACCUGAGGUACCACUGUAAGUCACUUCUGCUCACACAUUAGAACUUUCUCUCCACACACACACACCCCAAAUUUGCUCAGGGGUUUCCUGCAACCCUCUGGGGCCAGUUGAGGGCAGUGUAGGGGGCACAUACAGGCCGAACAACAACUUCAUUAGAUCCAAUCUAUUAUGUCUGUUAAAAUUGUAAUCACAGUUUCGUAAGUUCGUACUUGCCCACAGACUUCCCCAAAAGGCCUUAAACGAGUUAGUGUGUACUUAGCUGUGUCAUCUGUAAAACAGGACCCUGGAGGACUGUUUCAAAGAUGAAGGACAGCAGGCCUGCAAAAUAUUAUUAAAAUCUUUAUACUUUGUACCAUGGCCUCUCAAGCAAUAGAUCAUAAGGUUACCUUUACAAUACUAUUAAAUAUUUGUCACUUCCCUAAGAUCUAGAGGUGGUGCUGCCCAGAUUUGGAUUGCUUUGGAAGGAGAGAUCUCUUGAGGAUUAUGGCAUUUUGUAACAUAUAGGGAAAUGUUUAAGGUUUUGUUAUGUUUUUGUAUAUGUUGGAAGCCGUCCAGAGUGACUGGGGCAAUCCAAUCUGAUGGGUGGGGGUACAAAUAAUAAUAAUAAUAAUAAUAAUAAUAAUAAUAAUAAUAGUUGUUGUUGUUUUGUUGUUGUUGUUGUUUACUUACAUACAUACCAGUAGAGGAUAACUGGAGGCAAGUGGCAUAAGGACUUCUAGCUGAUAGGAGACCUGCUUCCCCCCAGCAGAUCCCUAGAAAGAUACAGGCUUUUUCUAAAACAGGGGUAGGCAACCUAAGGCCUGGGGGCCGGAUGCGGCCCAAUUGCCUUCUCAAUCCGGCCAGCAGACAGUCUGGGAAUCAGUGUGUUUUUACAUGAAUAGAAAGUGUCCUUUUAUUUAAAAUGCAUCUCUGGGUUAUUUGUGGGGCAUAGGAAUUCGUUCAUAUAUUUUUUUCAAAAUAUAGUCUGGCCCACCACAUGGUCUGAGGGACGGUGGACCAACCUACAGCUGAAAAAGGUUGCUGACCCCUGUUCUAAAAGCUCUCCCCCUUUCAAGAUUCUGCCGUUCCUUCUCCACAGAGAUAUUAAACUCCCAAGGCAGGGAAGGAUGAGUAAUCUUCCACAAACAGUUCUCACAUUCCAGGGCGAUCUUUCAACCCUUAGCUUCUGCUGAGGAAAUACCAACCACUCAUUCAUCCCAAACCUUUGACUGAAAUUUUCCAAACAAAGAUAUGGCUGGCACGGUUUGGCCAACAUUCGUAACUAUACUUCCUGUUAUAUUAGCACCAGCCAACUGUUGCUUGUGAUCUUGCACAAAAGGAGCAAAAAAUUCAGAAUAGGUAACAUAGUUUUGCUAUACUUGGCACCUAUAAAGCCUCAAAUUAAAUUCUUGAUGUCUAUGAUAUCAUGUAGAGAAGGUCUAGGAAAUAUCUUUGCCUGACAUCUUAGAGCAGUGGUCCUGUUAGUUAGGGAUGAGGAUGAGAAUUGUAGUCCAAAAAUAGCUGGAGACCCAAGUUUGGGAAACACUGUCUUAGAGCACGGGUAGCCAAACUGGUGCCCUCCAGGUGCUGCUGGACUACAACUCCCAUCAUCCCUCACCAUUAGCCAUGUUGGCUGAGGCUGAUGGGACUUGGAGUCCAAAAAAUCUUGAUGGGCAUCAUGCUGCAUAAAACCUGUGAUAGAGAGCUGCUACAAGUCGGAGUAGGUGGGGAAGUACUUAAUGAAAUAGCAUGCCUCAUUAAAAGGCCCUUUCCAAGAAGAAGAAAGAGAAAAUAAAGGAAGCUGCCACUGUAUACAUACUUACCUUGAAGUAAGUUACUUAUGAGAAAAUGUAAUAUGAUUGCACAUUGUGUUAUUUAAAUCCCUUGACUGCUUCAGCAGACCUCCAAGUGACCCUCCAGAGACAGUCCCAGAUUUACAGAAGCCAUCCCAGUUUCUGAUUUGAUCCCAGAAUGUCCCACUUUUCCUCAAGACGUCCCUAUUUUCACUAGAGAAAUAUUGGAGGGUAUGCGACCCCAAAGCCAAGGAGAUAAGUAACUAUACAACCUUUAGAAGACAUCUGAGGGCAGCCCUCUAUAGGGAAGUUUUUAAUGUUUAAUAUUUUAUUAUGUUUUUAUAUAUGUUGGAAGCCACCCAGAGUGGCUGUAGCAACCUAGUCAGAUGGGUGGCGUACAAAUAAUAAAAUUAUUGUGGUGGUGGUGAUGAUGGAACAGGACGUCCUAUUUUCAUCGAAGAAAUGUUGGAGAGUAUGAUUCAGCAUUCAAGGGGGGGGGGGAAUGUGCCUUUAUCCAUUUGCCUUUUCUUUUGUUUCCCUCCAGAACGCAACUGUUCCUAUUUCACACACUUUGUCUCAGGAGAGAGCACAGAGAUUUUUGAAGUGUCAACACAAAGAGGUAAGGAAAAACCGGUAAGGCGGCCAUCUUGUUCUCACUACAAUAUGCCUCACACAAUAAAUGUCCAAUUCAGGAGGCAUGGAAUGUGACUCCUCCUAAAUACGGAAAGACAAAAUGGGCUGCAAUGGGAGGCUUUCCAGGGAUACGAUUGGAGAACACAGUUCUGUGGAGUUAGUUGAAAAUUCAUAUGGUGUAGCUACAUAAAGGUUUAAGCUGCAAUCUUAUGCAUCCUUACGUGGCAGCAAGCCCUAUCGACUCCAUGUGGCUUCCUCUUGAGUCGACAUGCGGAGGAUUGUGCUGCUAACUGGACUUUCUAGAGCUGGGGACGGGGUUCAUAGUCACAAGUAAAAUUUUGUUCUUAAUAGUACUGGAAAGCCUUUCCCCCUCCUAUACCUGUGUUCUUACUACACAACAUACAGUAUUUUAACAUGUAUCUAUAGUGUUUAGCUAUCUUACUGCUGUUAUUUUGGAUUUUUAAGGUCUUUUCUUGCAAUAAAAUUAUUUUUAAAAAAUUAAAAAUGUUCCUCUUCUAUCAGCAGCCAAUAUAGCUCACUCAGUCUUGAGAAUGGGGAAGGGACCCUCCACAGUUUGUUCAUGGGGAUCAACCUGUUGACCUUCAUUAUCUUUUUCAGUAGUAAUAUGGCAUCAUUACUGCUAAAUUCAAGUACUUUUACUAUGGCUAUCUGAUAAAAACUGCCUUAACUAUACACAUGGGUAACUUUUAUUAUGUUUCAGAAUAACAAUAUUUUAGGGUGGUAUUCUUCUCUUUUUAUAUUUUAUUUUAUUUUAUCUUAUCUUAUCAGAUCUAUUAUAUCUUGUCAGAUUUCUUAUCUCUCACCAGAUCUCCUACCUCUUAUCAGAUCUGUGCUUCUUCCUCCACGCCAGCCCAACAUCUUAUUUCUUAAUUCUUCAAUACUAUAUAUGUUAGCAUGAGGCAAGCAAAAAAAUGUUUGCAAUUUUUAUACAAAUCACUGUUUUAAACCCCAUGAAAGCUUGUUGCUGCUGCUGCUGUUGAUAGUAAUAAUAAUCUUAAUAAUUACUAUAAAAAUACUAAUAAUAAUCUGAAGAGUUUCCUUCAACCUUUAUGCUUUAAAUCAUAAACAUUCUAUGCAUAAAAUCUGGAUUUCUGCACACAUUUAUUAGCUGUUUGCACACUAUUAGAGGCAUCCAUUUGAUCUCAAAAACAUGUCUAUCCCAUCAUUAUUCACUUCAGAGGAAAUCCUCAGAGUGCACUGCUAAAAAAGUUUUGUUUUUUUAAGUGCACAAACCAUCUCAAAUUCAUUUUUCAAAGAUGUUCAAAAGCAUUUUAAAUGUAUGUCAGCCUAUCCCAAGUGGAAUCAACCUGUAUCAGGGCCAAACUAGAUAUGAUGGCAGCAGUUUAAACUGGAGGGUUACGGAGGAGAAAUGUGCUCAGUUCACAUUUUAAUGCAAACCUACCUUAUUUGCCCACCCCAAGCCAACGCAUGAAACAAAACACAGUUGUCCUGUUGUCAGGCCUCGGGGAAACGGCUUCCUCCCUCCCUUUGGCCGUGGAUGAGAAGAACAAAGCAAAAAUAGUCUCCUCCAAGUUAAAGAGAUUUUAAUGUUCACAGCGAAAGAACAAGAAGUCCAUUCUUGGGGGAAAGGUGCUUCCAAUUAAAGUUUCCACCCACUUCACCGCGAGCCACUCCCGUCACUUUCUCAUCUGGCAAGCCUUAUCUGCUCUCCAUGACCUUGGACUGAUCGGUUGGACACCUUCCAGCGAAAGGGAGUCUGUUAAUUCUCUCUCCCCCUGUUCUUCUUCUCCUAGCUGUUUCCCACUCAGUUCUGCCCAGCUGUUGUCUUCCGAACUAUGCCCCUCUGCAAACCACUGCUCCAAAUCUAUACUGCUCCUGGGCAGCUUCAGGAUCCUGGUCAGAAGCAGGGGGAAGGCGAGGUCCCCACCAUUCCUCAUCAGAGUAGCUCCCCUCAGCCUGGUCUCUGACACCUGUGUAAUGUGCAUGUCUCAAAAUUUUGCAGUGCAGUUCUUCUAACCCCCCGCCCCCCGCUACUUGACAAAAAUACAUCUUAUAAUGUAUGUUAGGGGAAGGUAUUCACAAAAAUGCAUAUAUCUAGUGAAAACAAUGUACAAAAUGUGUUAUAUUGGGGAAACCUUGUUUGCAAAACUAUGUGCAUAUUUACAGGAUAACAGAUACAGUCAUACCUCGGGUUGAAGUUGCUUCAGGAUGAGCGCUUUCGGUUUGUGGUGACUUCCAGGUUUCGCCACUUGCGCAUGCGCAGACGCUCAAAAUGACAUCACGUGCAUGCACGGAAGCGGCAAAUCGCGACCCGUGCACGUGCAGACGCGGGUUGUGUUCACUUCAGGAUGCGAAUGGGGCUCCAGAACAGAUCCCGUUCACAUCCUGAGGUACCACUGUAUGUGCAAAAUAAAAAUGCAUAAGGGUUUUUGGGCAGACUCUUAUUAGGAAACUGAUGUGGGGCAAGCUGAACUUUUGGGGAAAUGAGUAACGGACAUGGACAAAUUUGCUUGGUGCUUAUUUAACACACAGGACUGCCCAGGUAAGGCUGCAAUUGCAAAAGUGGUCGCCAAGUGGGGAGGGCAGAAACCGCCCACUGUCAAAGGUCUGCCUCCCUCAGCUUCUUUGCCUCCUACAGCUCCUCUCCCGUGGUGCUUUUCUCCAAACUUAGGUGACUUCCAGUCCCGGAGUUCCUCUCAAGCCCUUGAGGAGAAAACUGGGGCUGUAAAGUGAGGCAGAUGGCUGGGUUCUGCACCUUUCACUGGGGUGCCAUUUUUGCUGUUAAAAUCAGACGCUGCCCUUUUCCCCCCUAUGUGAUAUGGGACAGAAAAACAUGAAGGAAAAUAUGUAAUCAGAAAACAACAGAUUUAAGUGAAACAUAUUUGCCAUUUUGCAAAAAUCAGUGUACUUAUAUUGGAGCCAAUUAGCAGGAAAAUAACCUUCAAGAUUUCUCCUAGAUUGAACAAACGGGGAGUGGGGCAUUGCAACACUUAAAAACAACAUAGAAGGCAAAUAUCAGCCACUGUAAUAUUAAUGCAUGGCUGUGCGUGUUAAAUAUUAAAUAUAUCUGCAAACUAAUGCAAUAUGUAAACAAACCUCUGAAUUAUUAAAUUAACAUAUCCAUCCUUUCCUUGCUCAGACAUUGGCUUGUUUGUUUGGCUUCAUAACAUACAACAUACUUAGCUUAGCUAUGCAGUGCAAGAGUGCUGACCUAAAGCCUUGGCUCAAAGAAAACAGAGCUGUAAGUGAGAUCGGAAGGAAAUGUCCCAAUCCUGAGCAAUAUGAGCUUCUCAAACUGCAGAUAACUCCAGUCCUGGUCGGACUGCACUGCCAAUAAGUUUCCAGGCUCAAUAGACCUAUACAACGUUGUUGUCGUUUAGUCGUUUAGUCUGACUCUUCGUGACCCCAUGGACCAGAGCACGCCAGGGACUCCUGUCUUCCACUGCCUCCCGCAGUUUGGUCAAACUCACGCUGGUAGCUUCCAGAACACUGUCCAACCAUCUGGUCCUCUGUCGUCCCCUUCUCCUUGUGCCCUUCAUCUUUCCCAACAUCAGGGUCUUUUCCAGGGAGUCUUCUCUUCUCAUGAGGUGGCCAAAGUAUUGGAGUCUCAGCUUCACGAUCUGUCCUUCCAGUGAGCACUCAGGGCUGAUUUCCUUCAGAAUGGAGAGGUUUGGUCUUCUUGCAGUCCAUGGGACUCUCAAGAGUCUCCUCCAGCACCAUAAUUCAAAAGCAUCAAUUCUUCGGCGAUCAGCCUUCUUUAUGGUCCAGCUCUCACUUCCAUACAUCACUACUGGGAAAACCAUGGCUUUAACUAUACGGACCUUUGUUGGCAAGGUGAUGUCUCUGCUUUUACAGUGGUACCUCGGGUUAAUAAUGUAAUUCAUUCUGGAGGUCCAUUCUUAUACAACCUUAAACGGCUCAAGAGGAGGGAGGCCAAGAGGCAGAGAUGAAUCCGGCUGGGAAAGCGGCAUGGGUGUCUCCCCCUACUGUUGUGACAAGCUCCCCUCCCCCGGUCUCCCAGAACCAGGAGAGGGAUAAAAAGGGCAGAGGAGAAGUUAGAUUCAUGCAGAUUUUGUCUCAGAUUGCUUUAGGAAAACCUGGAGAGAAGGGGACUUAGGCAGCUGUUAGGAGGCAGGGACCUUCAGUCUGAGCGACUGCCUCACUGGGGCAAGACCUCCCGGAGGUAAGUUGCUGUGCUCAUUAGGCCUGACACUCCUGUGCAGAUCCUAUUUUUGCUAAAAAGGAGUUAACUCCAACUUUCUUGGUGUGAUAUGCUGCUGGCUUGCUCUUGUCAGAUAGACAUGAAAUGUCAAAACAUAAACUAUCAAUUAAUGAAUGAAAUAAUAAAUGAGAUAACAACUGCACAUGGAAAGCCUUGGACUGUCAUAAGCCUUCACCACCACCACCACAUAUUCUUAAUGAUUUUUAUUUGCUUUAAAGGAAUUCUGCAGGACCAAUGCGGCUGGAAGAGUUGUCUGAAGAGAGUCAUCAUUUUUCCCCUCUGUUUUGUCUUGACAGAAUACAGCAUUUCUGCAGCUGCCAUUGCCAUCUUCAGCGUUGGCUUUUCCAUCAUCGGAACUAUUUGUGUCCUCUUAUCCUUCAGGAAAAAGAUGGAUUAUCUCCUAAGGCCAGCUGCUAUGUUUUACACCUUUUCAGGUAGAUCAUCACACAAGGGGGUAAAUGGAUGCAGAUUUCAUGGUGUGAAUCAAAUUCAGGGGAAGAAGGGGGAGCAGAAUGUUGAUAAAGAUUGAAAUAACGGAGGGGGGCAGAUUUGAGUGGCAUGCCAAAGAAGGAAACAAUUACUUUCACCUGGGAAAGAAACAUACUGAGCUAGUUCAUUGCUCUUAAUUUCCUCUUGGUGUAAGACAGAGACCACAUAUUGGGCUCCAUUUGUAAAUCUGCCUUGUCAUUGCAUGCUGGUUCUGCUAAGCGUACUCAAACUUCUCAGGAUAUGUUGUGAUUGUUUAUUCAAGCCUCUUGAAGUCCUUAGUUAUGUGCCUCUCACUUCCCUGAGCAGCUGAAAGUUACCAAAGUUUGCCUUCUUUCUUGGGAGGAGAGCUUGGUCUCGUCGUAAUAUUUCACUUAUUUGCAAAUAUAGAAGUGGAGCACAGGUAGAGACAAGCAGCUUAAGACAAGCAGCAAAUCCACUAAUCUUCAUCAGAUCCCCAGAGAGCCACUCCAGCAUCCCAAGAUACCUGCCAGCCUCCAGCUAGCUCUCUGUCACCAUCUCUCCUCUUGUCUUAAAUGAGAUGCUCUCUCUCUCUCUCUCUCACACACACACACACACACACACAUAUCUCUUAGCUCAGUGAUGGCCAAACUUGGCCCUCCAGCUGUUUCGAGACUACAACUCCCAUCAUCCCUAGCUAACAGGACCAGUGGUCAGGGAUGAUGUGAAUUGUAGUCUCAAAACAGCUGGAGGGCCAAGUUUGGCCAUCACUGUCCUAGCUGAUGGGCGGGGAACACCUUCCUCGGACUCUGAUGGGUCUCUCACACAAUCCUUUAAGGAAUUUUUUUUCCUGGCCUUCCUGAAGAAAGAAAGAAAAUUUUGCUGGCAAAGGCUGUGGCCAGGCCAGCCUUCACAGCUUUUGUUGUGUGCAUGCAUACACAUACACAUGUGGCCUGUGUGCAUGAGCACACCCAGACUCACAAAUGCACAGAACAUGGAGGAUAAGGCUGUUGAAGGCAACAAAUCAUAUUGGCUGUAUCCCACCGAUCAGAGGUAAAGGUAAAGGUAAAGGGACCCCUGACUAUUAGGUCCAGUCGUGACCGACUCUGGGGUUGCAGUGCUCAUCUCGCUUUAUUGGCCGAGGGAGCCAGCGUACAGCUCAUGUGGCCAGCAUGACUAAACCGCUUCUGGCGAACCAGAGCAACGCACGGAAACACCGUUUACCUUCCCACCAGAGCAGUUCCUAUUUAUCUACUUGCACUUUGAGAUGCUUUCGAACUGCUAGGUUGGCAGGAGCAGGGACCGAGCAACGGGAGCUCACCCCGUCACGGGGAUUUGAACUGCCGACCUUCUGAUCGGCAAGUCCUAGGCUCUGUGGUUUAACCCACAGCGCCACCCGCAUCCCGAUCAGAGGUAGCAUGCCUCAAAAUGCCAGGUGCUGGGGAACAACAGCGAGAUGAUGCUAUUGCCUUUAUGUCUUGCUUACGGGCUUCCCAUAGGCAUCUCUGUGACAAGCAAGUGGUGCUGGACUGGACAUUCUAUUCUAUAUUCCAGCAACGGUGGGCAAUCAGAAAGAAGACGUUGGAUUCAGCUAAGCCCAAAACCAAUUAAGAUCACGACAGCGAACCCUGUUUGUCAGCUGUUUACAGCUUUUCCUUUCUUCCCUCCCUCCAGGCUUGUGCAUUAUCAUAUCCGUGGAAGUCAUGAGGCAGUCUGUCAAAAGGAUGAUUGACAGCGAUUACACGGUCUGGAUAGAGUACCACUACUCGUGGUCCUUCGCCUGUGCCUGCGCCUCCUUUGUCCUGCUCUUCAUCUGUGGGAUUGCUCUGCUGCUCAUCUCCUUGCCACGCAUGCCCCAGAAUCCCUGGGAGACUUGUAUGGAUGCCGAGCCAGAGCAUUAAGCCACUCCGGGCUCGGAUUGCCACUUAAGUAACAUCCUAUCCCCCUGCUCUGAGCAUGCAUACAGAAAGGUCAGCUAUAUAUAUAGAUAUUAUAAGAGGCCUCCAGGAGACAGUGUAGGAUGACUGAAGAAUCUCUGGAGAACACUUGUUUGUGGAAUCGAAGGGGGAGGUUAAAUACAAAGCAUCGUUCAUUUAAAACAAAAAAUAAAAGUGUUAAGAUUACUGGCUCCGGAAUCGUGUACAAAUAAUUGUGCUCUGCGGCACUAUCAGUUUGUAAUAUGCCCAAUGUAGAUGAGGAACGGAUAGCAUUAAUCCACUUGAAUGGAAAUGUGCAUUUAAGAGAGCGCUUUUGUCCAUUUUUUUACCCCACCCAGCUUCCAUAAAAUAUGAGGGGGAAGCAAAAAAAUACAAGGCAUAUUCUUGCCUUCCUCUGUGAGUUAACCAUAUUCUCCAUCUCUAUCACUGGAUGAGGACUUGAUUGGCGAAUGACUGUAAAUAAUGUUACAACUAAUCUGUGGAAUGUACGACAUCAUUAAGCGCAUAACAAUAAAAAAAAAGAUUUUGGAUAAUGUCAGGGUGGAAGAGUCUUCCUAACCACAUUACAAGCACCUUGCUGUUUAAUGUCAGCUUUUGUGAUUUUAUUUGAGCUCAGUGAGACAUCUUGACUGGGGGAAAUGGUGAAAUCACGUUUAAAAUUGUAUUCUUAGGAUUGGAGGGCUGCAAGCGAUCUCCUCCAAAUCUAACUUUUUCUAACAAACUGACCCCAUAUACUCCACAUCAUGCAGUGUAACAAAGCAGAUCACCACGUUUCACCAAGGAAGAGGUGCCACUGAGAAGACAGAGAAUAAAUGUAGGAGGCACUGAAGAAAUGACUCUUUCAAAAAGAAAAAGAAACACACACUUUUAGGUUGAUGUUCCUUGAACAUCAUCAGAACAAAAUGUUCAGGGCAUUAUUCUUUAUUUAAGCUCUGAAAAUAUCUCAAGCCCUGCCUGCCCCCAUUUUCAAGGGACAUAGAACACAAACCCAGUUUUAGUUUUGACAUACAAAGUCCCAAACAAUUUAGGUGCAAGCUAUCUGAGGGAGAACUUUCCUCCAUACUGACUGUUAUGUACUGAGUUGAAUAGGAUCCAAACUGCAGCAGUCUGAUUGGUCCUAGAACAAUAGGAUCCAAAUUGCAGCAGUCUGAUUGGUCCUAGAACAAUAGGAUUCAGAAUGCAGCAGUCUGAUUGGUCCUAGAACAAUGCAGCGGUAUGAUUGGUUGGCAGGAACCACCCAAUCAUGCUCCAGAUAUAAGUGAAUCCACAACCUGAUUGGCUUACAGUAGAAUUCCAGAAUUAGCCAAUCAUGUGCAGCCCAUUGUGUAAAUAAUGUAUAUAAAGCAGAUACUUUGAGGGGACUUUCAUUCGUUCCUCCUCACCACUAUGAGCUGAAUAAAGAGCAUGAAAUCAC